UUAAGGUAUUUCUGAUGCUACCAACCGGAAACUCGAAAGUUACACUUGUUUAUGUUUGUGGGUUUUUACUAGGAUUAAAGUGUUUGCAGAUAGCAGCCAAGCACGUGUCGUCUUUGUUACUACACAAGAAUACAAUGGCUAAAGCAAACGAGGGUAUCAAACUAGAUCCAAAAGAAGUUAAGAGGAAAUAUAGGAACUUCAAGAAGUUUGAUGUUGUUGAGGACUAUUCAGAUCAUCACUUUUUGAAAUCAAAAUCAUCAUGGUGGCAGCCACCAAAAAAAUGGACUAAAAAGAUUCAAGAAGAAUGGAGGAUUCUUAAGAGGGAUUUGCCUGAUAUGAUAUAUGUUAGGGUCUAUGAAGGGAGAAUGGAUCUUUUAAGAGCUGUGAUAAUAGGAGUAGAAGGGACUCCAUAUAAUGAUGGUCUUUUUUUCUUUGAUGUGUGCUUUCCUAAAAACUACCCUAAUGAACCACCUCAAGUGUAUUAUCACUCAGGUGGCCUAAGAAUUAAUCCGAAUCUAUACACCAGUGGCGACGUUUGCUUGAGCCUUCUAAACACUUGGCACGGUUCCAAGAAUGAGAAAUGGACGCCGACCAUUUCAACUAUGCUCCAGGUUUUGGUCUCUAUGCAGGGUAUGGUUUUGAAUGCAAAGCCCUAUUUCAAUGAACCCGGAUAUGAAGCUUCUAGGGGCUCGGCUUCUGGUGAGAAUCUUGCACUGGAAUACAAUCAGCGUACGCUAAUUUACUCUCUCAAAACUAUGGUUUACACCAUGAAGAAACCACCUAAGCAUUUUGAAGAUCUAGUGAUUGGUCAUUUUCGCGAUCGUGCAAGUGGCAUUCUAACAAUGUGUAGAGAUUAUUACACGAAAGGCUUGGGAGUCAAGUGCGGUAUUGUCGUGACUACUGAGACAGCGACUUCACAGGAUAACAAGAAAGAAGUCGAAGGGUACAUGAAGACACUUGUAGGAGCAUUUAAACAUAUAGGGUUAGAGGAUCGGGAGGAGUUUGUGGCCGAAGGUGAAGCCAAAGCCGAAAAUCUAACGCUUCAAUUACAAAAGAAGAAAAAGAAGAAGAAGAACCUAGGUCAGAAGAUAUUGUCGUGUUUCGUCAUCUAAAACAAAUGCAUUUUGAACCCCUUAUUUUAAGGUGUAGAUACAAGGAUUGGUGUUUUAUUUAUAUGUUUGCGUUCUUAGUCUUUUUUUAAAAACUGUGACUUAUAAAAUGAUCCAUAUAUCUACUA